UGAUUACGCCCGCCCUCUCAGACGGUACUAUCAUUAAGUCAUCGGCCCCUUUCAAGCAAGCAAAUAUCCAUACUCUCAUCACAAGCGGCACCAGCAGAGAACUCCAUCUGUUUCCUCACAGAACAGGAAAGUGAAGUGACCUGACGUCAAGAUGGCAGCAAAGGGAACUGGCAUGGCAAACAAAGGCCCAUCCUACGGCAUGAGCCGGCAGGUUCAGGAUAAGAUCGAGAGCAAGUAUGACACGGAUCUGGAGCAGAUUUUGGUGGAGUGGAUCUCCCGCCAGUGUGGUUCUGGUGUCGGGAGGCCAGACGCAGGCAAGAUAGGAUUCCAGACCUGGCUGAAAGACGGAUGUGUCCUUUGUGAGCUGAUUAAUAGUCUUUUUUCUGGAGACAAACCAGUGAAGAAGAUACAGAGCUCCACCAUGGCCUUCAAGCAAAUGGAGCAGAUCUCUCAGUUCCUCAAUGCUGCAGAGAAGUAUGGCGUCACCAAGACUGACAUGUUCCAGACUGUGGACCUCUGGGAAGGCAAGGACAUGGCAGCAGUGCAGAGGACCCUGUCAGCCCUCGGCAGCUUAGCUGUCACCAAGGACGAGGGCACGUACCAAGGCGACCCAAACUGGUUCUUCAAGAAAGCACAGGAGAACAGGAGAGAUUUCUCCGACGAUCAGAUCAAGGCAGGAAAAAGCGUCAUUGGCCUGCAGAUGGGGUCCAAUAAAGGAGCCAGUCAGGAGGGCAUGAGCUAUGGAAGGCCGAGACAAAUCCUGUAAAACUCCUCUAAAUUCGGUCACAUCACUCUGAUGCGCAUUUUAACGUCAGUCCCUCCUAUUAAACCCAUUACCGCAUCAUAGAGUGUCUGUUUUCUAAUAAAUAAUAAAUAAAUAACCCCCCUCCAACACAAAUCACACUCUUCUGAUGAGCCUUGCCUUGCUUUAUUCCCUCACUCUAUUUAAAUUAGAAACAGCUGAAUAUGUCAAAAUGAGUCCUGCAACCUAUCCUGUACAAUUUGACAAAAUAUAGCAUAUUCUCCUCAAUUUGGACACGCAAAUGUUUCCAUUAAUUAUGGCACAAUCAUGGUCAAUUCUUAUUUACACACCCCCGCUCUUUGCCUGCUGUAUCAGCACUAAUAACUUUUGUACAUUUUCAUAUUAAAUAAUGACUUGGAAA